AUGCUGCAUGAACUGAAAAACAAAACCAAAAAUCGAAAAGACAAAAAGGAAGGUCCAUCUGUCUUCAUUUAUAAAAGCUACUUCCUUUCUUCCUUUCUUCCUUCCUUCCUUUCUUUCUUUCUUUCUUUCUUUCUUUCUUUCUUUCUCUGUACUUUUCUUUCUCACUUUUGCUACCUCCUUUCUUCCUUCCUUCCUUUCUUUCUUUCUUGCUUUCUUACUCUGUGCUUUUCUUUCUUAUCUUUUGCUACUUUCUUUCUUUCUUUCUUUUUCUUUCCUUCUUUCUUUCUUUCUUACUGUGGUCUUUUCUUUCUCAUCUUUUGCUACUUUUUUCUUUCUUUCUUUCUUUCUUUCAUUCUUUCUUGCUUUCUUACUCUGUGCUUUUAUUUCUCAUCUUUUACUAAUUUCUUUCUUUCUUUCUUUCUUUCUUUCUUUCUUUCUUUCUUUUUCUUCUUUCUUUCUUUAUGCUUUUUCUUUCACAUUUUACGCUUCUGUCUUUCAUUCUUUCUUUUCUCAUCAUUUCAUGCCUCUCGUUUUCUUAUUUGCACUCUACCCUUCCUUAUUUUUCUAUUUAUUUAUUUCUUACUGUGGGCUUUUCUUUCUCAUCUUUUGCUACUUUCUUUCUUUCUUUCUUUCUUUCUUUCUUUCUCUGUGCUUUUCUUUCUCAUCUUUUGCUACUUUCUUUCUUUCUUUCUUUCUUUCUUUCUUUCUUACUCUGUGCUUUUCUUUCUCUUCUUUGCUACUUUUUAUUUCUUUCUUCUUUCUUUCUUUCUUUCUUCCUUUCUUUCUGUGGGCUUUUCUUUCUCAUCUUUUGCUACUAUUUUCUUUCUUUCUUUCUUUCUUUCUUUCUCUGUGCUUUUCUUUCACUUCUUUUGCUACUUUUUUCUUUCUUUCUUUCUUUCUUUCUUUCUUUCUUACUUUCUUUCUUUCUUUCUUCCUUUCUUUCUUUCUUUCUUUCUUUCUUUCUCUGUGCUUUUCUUUCACUUCUUUUGCUACUUUUUUCUUUCUUUCUUUCUUUCUUUCUUUCUUACUUUCUUUCUUUCUUUCUUUCUUCCUUUCUUUCUUUCUUUCUUUCUCUGUGCUUUUCUUUCUCAUCUUUUGCUACUUUUUUUUUUCUUUCUUUCUUUCUCUGUGCUUUUCUUUCACUUCUUUUGCUACUUUUUUCUUUCUUUCUUUCUUUCUUUCUUUCUUUCUUUCUUUCUUUCUUCCUUUCUUUCUUUCUUUCUUUCUUUCUCUGUGCUUUUCUUUCUCAUCUUUUGCUACUUUUUUCUUUCUUUCUUUCUUUCUUUCUUUCUUUCUUACUCUGUGCUUUUCUUUCUCUUCUUUGCUACUUUUUAUUUCUUUCUUCUUUCUUUCUUUCUUUCUUUCUUUCUUCCUUUCUUUCUGUGGGCUUUUCUUUCUCAUCUUUUGCUACUAUUUUCUUUCUUUCUUUCUUUCUUUCUUUCUUACUCUGUGCUUUUCUUUCUCUUCUUUGCUACUUUUUAUUUCUUUCUUCUUUCCUUCUUUCUUUCUUUCUUCUUUCUUUCUGUGGGCUUUUCUUUCUCAUCUUUUGCUACUAUUUUCUUUCUUUCUUUCUUUCUUUCUUUCUUUCUUUCUUUCUUUCUUACUCUGUGCUUUUCUUUCUCUUCUUUGCUACUUUUUAUUUCUUUCUUCUUUCUUUCUUUCUUUCUUUCUUUCUUUCUUCCUUUCUUUCUGUGGGCUUUUCUUUCUCAUCUUUUGCUACUUUUUUCUUUCUUUCUUUCUUUCUUUCUUACUCUGUGCUUUUCUUUCUCUUCUUUUUCCAAUUUUUUUCUUUCUUUCUUUCUUUCUUUCUUUCUUUCUUUCUUUCUUUCUUCCUUUCUUUCUUUCUCUGUGCUUUUCUUUCUCAUCUUCUGCUACUUUUUUCUUUCUUUCUUUCUUUCUUCCUUUCUUUCUUACUGUGUUCUUUUCUUUCUCAUCUUUUGCAACUUUCUUUCUUUCUUUCUUUGA